UAAAUCAUCGUAUGGUGAAGAGAAAACGAAAGAGAGAGAGAGAGAGAGAGAGAAAAAAAAUGGAAUAAAUAGAUAGAUUUGGCGCCUAGUCAGUCAUUUUGACGCAUGUUGGUAAUUUGACGUAUUUAAUUGGCGUAUUAAAGCGCGCGUAUUUAAUUGGUCCCAUUUAUCAACGAAUAUACUUUACGUGAAUUCAUUAUAUUGAUAAAAGAUUUUUACUUGGUCCAAUGAUCUUUAUAAAAUAUUAUUAAUGAACUUUUAUUAAUUAUUGUGAUACGAAUCCUCUGUGAUUAUUGGAAAGCAACGAUUUUAAUUAUCACAAAAUAUUGAAUAUCAGAAUAAUCGGUAACCGGUUUUUUCAAAGUUUUAUUAUUGUAUAACAUACAAUAGUGUCCUGCAUAGAAGUUUCAACAACAUGAACUUAUGUUUAUAGCUUUUUGACAAUUUUCAUUGUUGGCAACAAUGCCUAUCGGAAAUGAAUGAUCCAUUAGAUAACGAUAUAAAAGAAUUUGGUUUGUCCACGAAGGAUAAAAAUUAUAAGGAUAACAACGUGGAUUUAUUACAAGCAUUUGAUGAAGAAAUAGAUAAACAAAAUCCGUCAUAUGAUUUAUCUGGUCAGUUAUUUAAUUGUGAAAUUUGUAAAAAACAAUUCGCUACGAAGAAGCUAUUAAAAAAUCAUAUUUUUACUCAUCUUGGAAGAGCUCGCGUGGUACUUAAGAGAGUUUCCAAUUUGAAAACACUUAAAAGAAAACACAACGAUACGUACUUUUUGAGUUCAGAAAAGAGUCAAUCUUUGAAAUUAAAACUUAAGAAAACGACUUAUACUGAUCCACUCAAAUUAACACUUAAGAAAUCGUCUGUGUCAGAAGAUUUUAUCGUUGUCAGUACUAAUCAUACCGUGAAUACAAUUAAUUUCUCUACGGAAGACGUGGCAGGUGAACAGGAUUGUAAUGAACAGAAUGAUGCUGAAGAAACAGAUAAUUCAAUCAAGCAAACAUUUGAAAACGUGAUGGUAGAUCAACAGGACGAUUAUGAGAACGCUCAAUUUGAAUCUGACAAUGAAAAUUCUUUGGAAGAAAAUGAAAGACCAUCCUUAGACAUUAAUGAAGGAGAUUCUGGAGUAGGAAGUGAUAUGGCAAAUCCAUCUGAAAAAGAAGAUCAAAAUGUUGAUGAUUUACACGGGACUGAUAAUUAUAAUAAUACAGAAAAGAGGCUUUCAGAAAUAGAGGAUCAUGAAGAAUCAGAUGCCUUAGAAGCAACAUGCAGAGAAACGAUAGAAAAUUUAAAAAAGUUAGGAGAACAAUCGAGUUCUAGAUCUAUAAAUCAGUUAAUUAAUGAUUCUUCCGUUGAUGAAGAUAAUGAUACGGUGAAUGAAGUAGACAUGUUACACGAUCUGGAAGAAAAUCCAGCUAUAAGCAUUAUUUCUAAGUCUUCCACAUUUUCUAAUCAUUCUGUAUCUGAAGAUGAUCCAAAACAAGGAGUAGUAGACACAGAGACUGGAUUUAAUUGGAAUCAAUUAUCUACGGAUUUAACACAUAAAGAUAAACUUGGUUCAAAAGAGAACGAAGAUCAUGGAGAAAAUUCAAAUGAAAAUAAUAUUGAAAAUUCUACAUCGCUUUUGCAAAACUUUUUAAUGGAUAGACGUGAUCAUCAUAGUGAAUUGAUAUCAAGCAGUUUAGCACCAGUUGAAACUGAAUAUGUUUCUUUAGAGAAAUUAGCUGAAACUGUUAGCAUGUGUCGUGUUUGCAAUGAAAAGUUUAAAGAUAUAACGCAUCUCGAUGAACAUAGAAGUAAAGUUGGUCAUUAUCAGUGCAAUAUUCCGGAUUGUGCCAAUCUUAUUUUUCAUUCACCGAUGGAAGUUUCCAUGCACAAAUCUCAAGUGCACGGAACGUCGCUUUCUCCAAGUGUUAGUCAAUUGUCUCCCCAUUUAAAUGCGAAUUCUCCUCAUUUAAAUCAACAUUCGCCACAUUUACAGCAAACCUCUCCACAGUUGAAUACACAUUCUCCACAUUCUCAGUCUAUGGAAUCUCCAUCGCAACUUAGUCGAAAUUCUCCAUUGACAGCUCCUCAUCAAACAAAUUCACCAACAUACAAUGCUGUCACCAGUAAUACGAAUCAACAAGUAAUACCACCAGUUAGUUUCGAUCAAUUACCGGCACCUGUACAACAAUUAGCUCAACAAGUGCAACGUAUGCCUCUUCCACAAACACAAUUACCUCCAAGUCUUCCACCGGGAGCUAAUACGAUGAUACCUGGAUCAAAUUACUUUGUACCACCGCCAGGAAGACCACCAUUGUAUAGACUUCCUGGUCCACAUAGUAUACACUACCAGCCUCCUUUAUCUCAUUUGUACCCACAAUAUGGACCUGGUCCAUAUCCACAAAUGACUGGUCCUCCACAAAUGACUGGUCCUCCACAAAUGACUGGUCCUCCACAAAUGCAUCCUCAACUUUCUCAACAAAUGUCACGUGGUCGAUAUCCAUCAGUUCCACAAAAUACUAGGUCGCCGCGUAUGCCUCCAAGUGGCGCUGUUCCUCGUCAACGUUUGAAAAGACCAAUGCAACAAGGAGUGCCAUUACAACACCAACAACAGCAACAACAACAACAACAGCAACAACAACAACAGCAGCAACAGCAACAACAACAACAGCAACAACAACACCACCAGAAUAACACUGCUAUUAAACAAAGAAGGUUAGAUAUUUUAAUGCCGGAUAGAAAUGAAGAUGCAGAUUGCCAUGUUAUCGCACAACAGAAGAGGAAUGAUGGAUUACCUGUUAUACAAAAUGUUCAAGGAGCUACAACCCAACAAACAACCAGUAGAAAUGAUUCAACAAUACAUCUUACUGAUUCCAUAACUCUUAGUGUUAGACAACCUGGUUCUACUCCAGCUCAACUUCAAAAUACAUCAAAUCCUGGUAGUAAAAAGUCAGAUGCGAAGGCAGUGGCAAAUGUAUUGGCAGCUAGAGGUAUUACCGUAACUCCAGCUGCAAAUAAAAAUAAAGCCAGCGAACAAAGUAAGCAACAAUCACCAACAUCGCAACAAAGGCCUACUGCGCAGCAGUCUUUAAAUGUUCCAGCCCUUAAUUUGAAUUCAGCAAUUUCUAUUAUACCAGCGUCACAAAGGAAGCAGCAAGAACAAGGACAAUUUGUUGUUCCUCAAAAUAAGCAAAGUAAAUCGCAAUUGGGAGAUGUAGAGCGGCCACCUAGACCACCUACGGUUGAUUUAACUCAAGAUAAUCCACCUCAAGUGCCAGUAAUACGACGAGGAAGGCCUCCAAGACCAAUACUCACUUGUCAAAUGUGCGAUAAAAGUUUCCAAAAUCAAGAUAUGCUGACACAGCAUAUGGCGACACAUAGAUCAAUAAAUAAACUUCUUCACAAGUGCAAUCUAUGUUCUGCUCAAUAUCCAACAGCUCAAGCAUUAGUUACGCACAAACAAGCUUAUCAUAAAGAAGUAGAAACUCUGACGCAAACUGGAAAUAUAGAAUUGGCGAUACCGGUAGUAGAUUUAAAAAGUCCGCACGUGUUAAGUCGUUUAUCAAAUUUGGGAAUUCAAAGUUAUAUACCAUUAUCUCAAUUAAGUGCUCAAACGGGAGGAUAUUUUGGCCUGCCAAUAAUAACAAUAGAUGGUGCACGAAAUCCUAAUACGUGUAAUUUAGGUGCACUUGGUGCUACAUCGAUAUUAAGCCUUGGUCCUCUUAAACAUUUGUCUAAUAGGUAACUAGGAAGAAGAGGCUCUUUGGUAAUUGUACUAAUUAUUUUGUAUACUUUUUUUUCAAUCACCAUUUACCUCUUCCUGUAUUUUUGGAUAAAUUCAUAUAUUCUUAUUGUUUCGUUCCAUGACUUGUUAUCAUUUUGAUCGGAUCUUUUCUUUUUUUUUUUCUUCUUUUAUAAUUAUUCAUUUUGAUUUGAUGUAU